GGCUCUUCUCACCUGCCGCAGCAGCUGAAGUUCACGACCUCGGACUCCUGCGACCGCAUCAAGGACGAGUUCCAGCUCCUGCAGGCCCAGUACCACAGCUUGAAGUUGGAAUGUGACAAACUAGCCAGUGAGAAAUCGGAGAUGCAGCGUCACUAUGUCAUGUAUUACGAGAUGUCCUACGGGCUGAAUAUUGAAAUGCACAAACAGGCUGAAAUCGUCAAGAGGCUAAAUGGGAUUUGUGCGCAGGUUCUGCCCUACCUUUCACAAGAGCAUCAGCAGCAAGUCCUGGGAGCCAUUGAACGCGCCAAGCAGGUCACAGCGCCAGAACUGAACUCCAUCAUCCGU